AUGGAACUGGGUCCGGAGCCCCCACAUCGCCGGCGCCUGCUCUUCGCUUGCAGCCCCCCUUCCGCCCCACCCGCCGUCGUGAAGGCGCUGUUCGGCACACCAACCACCGGGGGCCUGUCGUCGCCUGUCACCAACCUGACCGUCUCCAUGGACCAGCUGCAGGGACUGGGCAGUGAGUAUGAGCAGCCGCUGGGGGUGAAGAACAGCAAUCUGCAGAGAACAGGCUCCUCGGAAUCAACUGAUUCAGGCUUGUGUCUGGAUUCUCCUGGGCCUUUGGACAGGAAAGAAAACCUUGAAAAUACCAUGAGAAGAAUGCAUUUCCUACCUAAGUUCUUGGGAUGUAGCCCAGCUUUGAAGAGAAGCCAUUCUGAUUCUCUUGAUUCUCAUGAAGUGUUUCAGAUGAUGGACCAUGAUGAAAACAAGGAAAAUGAAGCCUUUGAGUUUAAGAAGCCAGUAAGACCUGCAUCUCGUGGCUGCCUGCACUUUCAUGGACUUGAGAGUAAAGACCUCUUCACACAGAGGCAGAACUCUGCCCCAGCUCGGAUGCUUUCCUCAAAUGAAGGAGAGCACAACAAUCCAGGGAAUAUCAUGCCUCUUUUUAUGCCCCAGUCACCCGUGACUGCUGCUCUUUCUGAUGAAGAUGAUGGCUUCAUGGACCUCCUGGAUGGAGAGAAUCUUAAGAAUGAUGAGGAGACCCCGUCAUGCAUGGCAAGCCUCUGGACAGCCCCCCUUGUCAUGAAAAGAACUACAAACCUUGAUAAUCGAUGCAAGCCAUUUGACUCCUCUCCUGUGUGUAGCUCCUUACGGGCCACAGUAAAGAGAACAGAACGAUCUCAAGAGGCAUCUCCAUGUGUAAAUAUAAAACGGAGGAGGAACAUGGGUGUGGCUGCGCUGGAAGAAUCAGCAUCUCCUGAGAAUCCUGAGGAGAUUUUACAUCAGUCAUUAUCUUUGGCAUCUUCUCCCAAAGAGACCAUUGGGAACAUCUUGGACAAUGACCCAAGAGACCUCAUAGGAGAUUUCUCUAAGGUUUAUCUAUUUCACACAGUUGCUGGAAAGCAUCAGGAUUUAAAAUACAUCUCUCCAGAAAUUAUGGCAUCUGUUUUGAAUGGCAAGUUUGACAACCUUAUUAAAGAGUUUGUAAUCAUUGACUGCCGAUACCCAUAUGAAUAUGAAGGAGGCCACAUAAAGGGGGCGGUGAACUUGCACAUGGAAGAAGAGGUUGAAGACUUCCUACUCAAGAAGCCCAUUGUACCUACUGACGGCAAGCGGGUCAUUGUCGUGUUCCACUGCGAAUUUUCUUCUGAACGAGGCCCCCGCAUGUGCCGGUAUGUGAGAGAGAAGGAUCGACUUGGUAAUGAGUAUCCAAAACUCCACUACCCCGAGCUGUAUGUCCUGAAGGGUGGAUACAAGGAGUUCUUCCUAAAAUGCCAGUCUUACUGUGAGCCCCCCAGCUACCGGCCCAUGCACCAUGAGGACUUUAAAGAAGACUUGAAGAAGUUCCGCACCAAGAGCCGGACCUGGGCAGGGGAAAAGAGCAAGAGGGAGAUGUACAGCCGUCUGAAAAAGCUCUGA